GGCCGUGGCGGCGCCAUGGCGGAGCUGCGCGGCCGCCUCGCGGUCCUGGAGCCCGGCGGCGCCUGGGUCCCGCCGCUGCCCCCGGUGCCGGUGACCUUCGACGACAUCUCCGUGCACUUCAGCGAGCCGGAGUGGGCAAGCCUGGACGAGUGGCAGAAGGAGCUGUACGGGAGCGUGAUGCAGGGGAACUACGAGACGCUGGUUUCCCUGUACUGUGCCCUAUGCAAGCCUGACCUCUUAUUGCGGAUUGAAAAAGGGGAAGAGCCGUGCGUGCCAGCGCAGUCAGACCUGGAGAGAGCAGAUGUGCCUGAGGAUCUCCCCACAGAACUGGACUCUCCUAGCUGUGUGAGCAAUGAUGCUCUGCUGCAGGUGAAAACGGAGAAAGAGUCUUGUGAGGGGAAUUGCGGGGACCUAGAGGAAAACAGCAGCCCAGCAGACCCACCAGACUGCUGCACAUCACACAUCCCUCAUGAAGUCCUUCCUGUCCCAGUGGAUCUCAGUCUACCAAGCCCUUCCCCUCCCUCACCUCUCUCCACAUGCUCUCAUGAAGUGGUGAAUCCGAACCAGUCUCCCCAUCCUCCCCCUGCAGCAGAUGCUGUGGUGGGGGCUGCAGUAGAGACACAGCAAGUGGAGGUUGCUGCAGAGAAACCGCCAGUGCCUGAAAUGCCUUUGAAGAGGCUAGAAGAGGAGGAUGUGAAAGAUUCAGGGAAAGGUGACCAGGAUCCAGUGAAUGAUGUUUCUGAAGAUCCAGGUAAGGAGGAUGUAUCAGGUCUUUGCAAAGCAGUGGCGCAUGCAGAUCCAAGCCACCCAGUUACUUCCUUGGGGAACCCAGUGGAGAGCUCCUGCAUGGGCAGAACUGCAGCCUGCCAGCGAAACUCCACUCGGGAGAAAUUCUACACGUGCUCUGUGUGUGGGAAGAAAUUUCUGCUGAAGAUAAAUCUCAUCCUCCACCAGAGGAGCCAUGCCAGCUGGGUACCGUACAUCUGUACACACUGUGGCAGGAGCUUCAGAUCCAAGAAAAAAAUCCGACGUCAUCUGCAUAUCCGGACAACCAAGGGGUCCUGCCUGGCCUCUGAUACUGAGGAAUACUCCGGCGUGGCACAGUGCCCUGCCUCACAGUCUGUUGCCCAAAACAAGGGCACCGUUGCUGAGUGGGAGAAGUCCAGCCCCAGUAGGAGCUUUGCCUGGGCCUCUGACUUUGUCCGCCACCACCGGAUCCACACGGGUGAGAGGCCGUAUCAGUGCCCUGAAUGCCAGAAAGCCUUCAAGCGGCACCACCACAUGGUUGUCCACCGGAAGACCCACACAAGGAAGGAAAGGCCGUACUAGUACAGCGAGUGCGAGAGAGUUACCUCAGUCUGCAGCAUCUGUUUAAGCACAAAUGUGUCCGUGUGAAGUAGACAGCGUAGUGGAAGAGGAGGGUGAGAAGAGGGCCUUGGACACUAAGUUUGGAGGAACAGGGCAAAGUCAGGAGGUGUCUUUCCUCUUACAGCUGCUGUCUUACCUUCUCCUCUCUCCCUCCCCACCCACCGGUGUGACUGGGUUGGACGAACUCAGUAGCGUGGCUGGAGCACGCAGCGCUACGCUGAGCUUGGCUUACCCCAUUGCCCUGCCCAGUGCUGCACGCACCAUCCAUGCUCCUGAGUUGCUCCUCCCAUCCUAGCGAUGGAAGAGCGGAUACAGUAGGCAGAGGCACUGUGGGAGAGGAACUGGGCGAUGUUUAGACGAAGGACUCUUCCUUUAUUAGAGGGUAUAAGCAGAUGGCUGUAGAAAGCAGGUAGCUUCUGACAGCUGAAAACUGCUUCCUUCAGUCGUCAUCUACCAGCACCGAACCCCUCUGCGGCCGGGUGCUCGCUCUGCGUCAGCCCUUGUGCCGUUGCUUCCCACGCUCUUCCCCGCGAUAUCCCGGCCUCCCUGCGUAGCGGUUCUGUGUAGGCUGUAUGGGGCAGGUCCUGGCAUUGGCGUGUGGGACGUGGGGGACUUUGUGCUCUAGAAGAGCCACCUAGGUCUUCCCCACCGGCCUGGGAGGCAUGCGUUACAUGUGAAAUUAGGUAGGAAAGUGAGUGGUCACGUUAGAGCGGAGGAGCUGGGUAAUGAGCUAACGGGAGAAUAAGUUCAGAUAAAAGUGUUGCUGAAAUAAGACUUGAGCAUUCUCAGGGCAGGGUGAGCACUGGAGCUAAGGCUGAAGGGCUUCAAGGGGACAGGCUUAGGGAAUGGUUGGGCUGGGUUUUGUAAGAAUAUAAUCUAAAAAAGGAGAUUGUAGGACAAUUAGUUUGGUGGGUUGUUGUCUUGAAUUUCACCGUGUGCCUUUUUUGUCGGUGCCGCUGAAGGCCUGUGCUGCCGGGUCCUUUCCUGCGGAUGGGCAGGGGCUCCUUGGACCUUGCUCCACUUGCUCUUUCGGUAAUUAAUUGGCCGGUGGGGCCAAGGGGGUGCUGCAGCCCCAGGCAGCUCGGGGAGGGACUGGUGUGCGGCCGACCGCAGCCCCUGCGUGAGGGGCCAGAGUGAGCCUGGCGAAAGCAGGUUUGAGGAGCGGGAAGGAAACGUCUCUGGCUGCAAGCGAGUAAGGGCUGUGCGGCGCGUCCCGGGCCAAACUGGCGGCGUUACCGGGAUGUAACGGGCUGGAAUAAAGAGCGGGAGCUGCUUUUGUCCUGUG